UAUGUACAUAAAUAUUUUGUUUGGAAACUUUAAAUAUUUUGGAAAUGAAAUAUUUUUGUAAACUUCUGAUAAUAUUGCUAACAAUAAAUUCUUUGACAAAAUUCUUAAACGGACAGAAUGAAGAGGGUGGUUACGGUGAUGAUGAAAAUUAUUAUGAAGGUGAUGGCGAAGGCGAAGAUUAUGAUGGCGACGAGUAUGAUUAUGGUGAUGUAGAGUAUUUCGAUGGUAGUGAGGAGAAUAAAAUGGAAUUAUCUGAGGAUUGUAUAUCACUGAAAUAUCUAAAACUGAAACGAAUUUGUGACAUUGGUUAUCCGGAAGUUUUGGCGCAAAAUUACGAAGAUAUGCUCGUGGAUGUGAAUGAACCGUAUGCUGUUUUCCAAUUUCCAUAUGAGGACACAAAUCGCUACUUUUUCACAUUUCAAAAAAGCGCUAUAUUCGAUUGUCAGUAUUUACAAGUGAUUGAUGUACGAAACUAUAAAUGUUUUAAUGCAUCGGAUGUGGUUGCAGAUAUAGUCUUGACCAAGGGCGUCAUGCAAUGUCUCAAUCACCCAUCCGCCGCCAUUGAUUUGCUCUUGGGCACUUGUUCAUCUCAACUGAAUGAGAGCGCAGUAUUCACCGCUUUGCAUUAUUCCAAUCUGGUAACGUUAGAGCGCAGCAGCACAAGUGGCAAAGAGCAUUUGAGAAUGGAGUGGUGUUGGCAUUUGGGGCUCAUGGCAUUGUUGUACAUUUUAUUAGCAACUAAAAAGUGA